GCAAAUAAUUUGAAUUUCAAAUCAUUAAAAUUAGUAAUAUUUAUAAACUUUUUUCAGCAAAAAUAUGAAAGAUUUAUCUAAUCAAAUCAAUGAAACGGAAAGUACUUCAAAUGAAAGAGGGGAUCACUUACUUCCAGUCCAUUUUUUGCCUGAAGGUAAAAAGUGUUAUGAUUGGAUAAAUGAAGAUAUUGAUGAAUCUAAAAGUACAUCGCUAUGCAAACAGUCAACAAAUAGCUCAAUUUACACUUUUGCAAGUAUAGGUAAUGACCCUGGAAGCAAUUCAGACAUAAACAGUGAUAAGAUAAAACUUUUUUUGAAGAGUGCUGAGAAUGGAGAUGUUGAUUUGUUAAAACAGCUUUUGUUUGAAUUGCCAAUUUUAAUAAAUUGUUCAGACCAUGAUGGUUAUACUGCAAUGCACCGUGCAAGUUAUUCAGGUCAUCUUUCGGUAAUCCAGUUUUUAGUUGAUCAUAAAGGAAGUAUUAGGGCCAGAACUAACGAUGGUUGGGAACCCUUACACUGCGCUGCACGCUGGAACCAUGUGGAUGUUUGUUCAUUGUUACUUAAAUAUGGUGCUGACGUUAAUGCGCAAACUAACGGACUUCAAACAGCACUUCAUUUCGCGUCUUUAUCAGUGGAUAAUGCACAACUGUUAGAAAUGCUCCUUUUGAGAGCAGAAAUUUCUCCUUACUUGAAAAAUAGUGCAGGAGACACUCCAUAUGAUUUAGCUUACAGGAGCGGUGAACAUGUCAAACUCUUUGAACUGGUGCAUGAAGGGUUGAAGGUAUGAAAAUGCUGGUUCAUGACGUGCCAACAAAAAAUUUAAAUUUUGUAUUUAGAUUUAAUAUCAAAUUUUUCAUAUUUUUUAUUUUUUUUUAUAACUCAUAUUUGAGUUUUACGAAAAAAUUUUCUUUGUAUAUUUUAGAUUGUAUAAAAUUCUAACAUCCAUUUAAAACGAA